UUGAUAAAAAUAAAACAUGGAAGCGAAUCAUAUAUUUCUUUGUCAAAAAAAUUAUCAUAAAUUAUAAAAUCAUUUGCGGACCAAGAUGAACCAGUGAUUUUUCCAGUUAAGCGGCCUUCGUCUGCUUAAGGCGCAGAAGGGCCAUGGCUGCCAAGACCAUAGGAAUACCGAGCCUUGUAAGAAGCGUUGCUCGAGCUUUUGUUGUUUACCACCCUCUCCAUAUUACCAGCAACCUCUCUUAUCACAGUCGGCUUGGUUAUCUUCCUCUUACUGCUCCGACUUCUUCAGGACUAUGUCACUUAACGCAAGCUAUAAAAAGGGAUGUUGAUGUUUUACUUAAAGGAGUGGGAGACAAAAAUACUAUUGAGGAAGUCAAGCAUAUUCUAGAAAUGGCUGGGCGAGCAGCAUCAAGAAGAGAGAUUCUCCAUACAAAUUUUCUCACCCCUCCAGUGCUGAAGGAGUCACUGCUAGCUGUGGAAAAACUAGCUGAUGUGAAAGCAGUUGCUCAGGGAGGAUACCCACAGGCUGAGCGGUGUCGAAUUUCUGUUGGAGUACCUGAUGUCUUUUCAAGUGAUCCAGAUAUACUUGCUGCAUUGAGUAUCACAGGGAACUUUGGUUACCAACCUUGUUCUCAUGGUGACUUCCUUGGUGCAAUUCUUGGUACAGGGAUUGCUAGGGAGAAGGUUGGAGAUAUAAUCUUGCAGGGGGAGAAGGGGGCCCAGAUCAUUAUUGUUCCAGAACUUGUCGACUUUCUUAUAUCAUCUCUUGACAAGGUUGGUAAUGUUUCCGUAUCUUGUGAGAAGAUACCUUUGAUCGCACUAGAUUAUGAGCCACCAAGGACUAAGUCAUUUAGAACUGUAGAAGCAUCAUUAAGGGUUGAUGCACUAGCUAGUGCAGGAUUUAAAGUGUCACGAUCAAAACUUGUUGACCUAAUCACUAAUGGUGAUGUGCGUGUCAACUGGACCCCUGUUAGUAAAAAUGGAAUCACACUUAAGACUGGUGACAUUGUGUCUGUUAGUGGAAAAGGAAGACUAAAGCUGAAAAUGCAUCCGAUUCCGAAGGGCAUAACAAAUGUUCAAAGAUGACUAUUUCUAUCAAGUGAGAUAGGAGAAAUAAACUCUACAAAGAAGGGAAAGUUUGCAGUUGAGCUCAUUCGAUAUCUGUAAAUUUUGGCAUGGGUUAACCGUGAAGGUCAUUAGCCAUGGAGUGAACUAAUUGUUCUGAAGUGGGCAAUUUUUUAAUUUACAAACAGAAAGGUAUCCCAAAACUCAGAAGAUUAGACAGAAAAUUUGUAUUAAAAUAUGCCAUCUUUUGAAAGCUUUUAGUUUCAACCUUAGAUAAAAAUUUAAAGAAAGUGAUGAUGCUUUUUGGAAUGUCAUCAUGAAUUGUAUAUCAUAUUGUUUGUAUUUAUCUCAAUCUUAUGUGUCAUCUCUUUUUUCUUCUA